AUGCGGAUUAGUACCGGCCAAGAGAUGGGAAGUGGCUCCGCUUCGUUGAGCGAGCAGGCGCGAUUAGUAGAAACGAUCCAGUUGCACGUCCUCAAUAGUCCCCAAAACCCAGAUACCAGUGUCGUCAUUUGGCUCGGCGCAGGCGUCGCAGUUGCUACAGUUUCUGUCCUUCCAGGAGGCUCAACUUUGAUCCUAAUCAUUCCCCAAAAGCACCGAUAUGAUGAAACUGCCCUAUCCGGACGAAUGGGACAAAUGGCACGUUGCGCACGAACCGAUGCGGAAGCUAGAGAGUGUGCACGGGCAGCUCAGCCUGAGACAGAAUGCCUGAUGAAUGGAAUAGAUCGAAAAGAUAGUGGCUAA